UGAGGAGGCGACAGAGCAGAGCCACAUCAGAGUGCAACAAGCAGAGGAACUUUUACUCCUUAACUUCAAUAAAAUCCCGAAACUUAGCAAAGUUUGGAGAGUCGAACAGACAAAAGUAUAUGGUGCAUUAUUUUGGGCUACGUGUAGAUUUGGCCCACGUUGUUUUCGGCAUUCUUUCUGAGCGUCCUGUAGAGGAUCAGUCUCGCUGGAGUAUGAAGCUCUGUAGGCGGCUGGUGUAGCGCUGACUAACCGCUCACAGCCCACAGACAGACCUCCCUCUCGGUCUCCUCUGCCGCUGACCCAAAUCUUGCUUCAUCAUCCUGCACUGCCUGUGGAAGUGUCGCUCUCCCCCAUCGCCAGUCGCCAUGGCGCCCAAAGACAUCAUGACCAACUCGCAUGCCAAGUCCAUCCUGAACGCCAUGAACUCCUUGAGGAAGAGUAACACACUGUGUGACAUUACGCUGAGGGUGGAAAACACAGAUUUCCCUGCCCACCGCAUCGUGCUGGCUGCCUGCAGUGAUUACUUCUGUGCCAUGUUCACCAGUGAGUUGGCUGAAAAAGGGAAGUCCUUUGUGGACAUUCAGGGUCUCACUGCCUCCACCAUGGAGAUCCUGCUGGACUUUGUUUACACAGAGACCGUGUUGGUUACUGUGGAGAACGUGCAGGAGCUUCUUCCCGCCGCCUGCCUGCUCCAGCUUAAAGGGGUGAAGAGGGCUUGCUGUGAUUUCCUCAACAGUCAGCUUGACCCAUCCAACUGUCUUGGUAUCCGAGACUUUGCGGAGACACAUAACUGUGUGGACUUGAUGCAGGCAGCUGAGCUUUUCUCACAGAAGCACUUCUCUGAGGUGGUGCAGCACGAGGAGUUCAUGCUUCUAAGUCAGAGUGAAGUGGAGAAGCUCAUCAAAUGUGAUGAGAUUCAGGUGGAUUCUGAGGAGCCAGUGUUUGAGGCAGUGUUAAACUGGGUAAAGCACAACAGGAAGGAGCGAGAGCCGUACCUGGCGGACAUGCUGGAAUACGUGCGCAUGCCUCUGCUUACGCCACGUUACAUCACUGACGUCAUUGACUCUGAGCCUCUUAUCCGUUGCAGUCUGGCCUGUCGAGAUCUUGUAGAUGAAGCCAAGAAGUUUCACCUGAGGCCUGAGUUACGCAGUGAGAUGCAGGGACCUCGAACUCAAGCCAGAUUAGGUGCCAAAGAAGUGCUAUUGGUAAUUGGUGGGUUUGGCAGUCAGCAGUCGCCUAUUGAUGUUGUGGAGAAGUACGAUCCCAAAACACAGGAGUGGAGUUUUCUGCCAAACAUCGCACGAAAACGGCGCUACGUUGCCACCGUUUCCCUUAAUGACCGUGUAUAUGUGAUUGGAGGCUAUGAUGGCCGUUCACGCCUUAGUUCUGUUGAGUGUUUGGACUACACAGCGGAUGAAGAUGGAGUUUGGUACACCGUCGCCACCAUGAAUGUACGACGAGGCCUGGCAGGAGCAACUACACUUGGAGAUAUGAUUUAUGUGGCUGGAGGUUUUGACGGCAGUCGGCGGCACACCAGCAUGGAGAGAUAUGACCCCAAUAUUGACCAGUGGAGCAUGCUGGGAGAUAUGCAGACAGCUAGAGAAGGAGCAGGGCUUGUAGUGGCUAGUGGGCUCAUUUACUGCUUAGGUGGUUAUGAUGGCUUGAACAUCCUGAAUUCAGUAGAGCGCUAUGAUCCACACACUGGUCACUGGACCAGUGUCACACCCAUGGCCAACAAACGUUCAGGUGCAGGGGUGGCUCUGCUAAAUGACCACAUUUAUGUAGUUGGAGGGUUUGAUGGCACAGCCCAUCUUGCCUCGGUAGAGGUAUACAAUAUCCGUACAGAUUAUUGGACUACUGUGGCACCCAUGACAACUCCACGCUGCUAUGUGGGAGCCACUGUCCUUAGGGGACGACUAUAUGCCAUUGCAGGAUAUGAUGGCAACUCAUUGCUCAGCAGUAUUGAAUGUUAUGACCCUGUCCUGGACACCUGGGAGGUAGUGACCUCCAUGGCUACACAGCGCUGUGAUGCAGGGGUAUGUGUGCUACGCGAGAAAUGAGAACACAACUUUCGGGAAAUUUAAACUGUCAAACACCCGUGGAGGAAACUUUUGUGGUGCUGAUUGGCAGCUGACAACUGAGACUGAUCUAUGUGCCACAUGUAUUAGCAUGGAUGAGCAAGCAAAAUGAAAGCGCAGAUCAUGUGAUUUCCCCCUUUCGUAUUUCUGCUCUACUCCCUUCUAUGGACCUUAGUCCUUUUGCCAUCUGAGAUGUAAACUUUGUGAUGCACUCACUGCGUGUGGCCUGCCAAGAUGCUCUCCAUACAUGACCCUGUGGUUCAUUGGUGUCUGUGGUUACUUGCGAGGUUCAUGUGGAUGAGUCUACAAGUGCAAUAUUUUAUUUUCUACUGCUGUAACAAAAAAAACUAACUGAAAAUGCAGAAGAACACUAUGAUGUGUGCUUCAGCUGUUGCUGCUAUAUGCCUUAUUGCCUUUGUGGCAAACAUUUUACCAAAUCAAACCAUGGGGCUUCUGCCUACUUGGAGCCUGGAGUGUAAUAACUGACGGAGAGAACAUUUUAGGAUUAAAAAGGAAGAUGCCAAAAUUUCUGACUAUAAAUGAACAAAUCCACUUGGUUCAUGUGUAAGGUUCUGUAGAACUGAUGAUAUUGUCCUUUUGGCAUUUUUGAUCUCCCAGCCUUUACUCCAAAAAGCAAGAGCCCCUUCUCAUUGCCUCGCAGUUGAAAGUACAGGAAGAAGUUCCAGUUAAAACUGAACGAAGAAAUGAAUAUUAUGAAAAAAAUAAUAUCAGCACUAAUAGGUGCAGAAUAUUGUUUGCUACUGUCAUUAAGUAAAAGUAUGUGGCACGUGGCAAAAAUGCCUUUUCCACAGUGGUCAUGUGGCCAGCUUUGUUGGUAGCUGUGUUGCUAGGAAUGAGUCAGUGAUUAAAGUAUGUUAAACACAAAACAAGCUACUUGGUGUACCUUUAAAUCAAACUGUCUGUCAUACCAUGAACAUCAUCAUGUAUGUACCGUGUAUUCAGCAUCACAAAGAUGUCUAUUAGCCAGUUUUGCUGUGUGUUUUUGUAAUUUGGAUGGAUCCAGUGUGUUUAGAAGUGAAUGGAGGAAUUUACUUCUGUACCAACUGUUGAUCAUGAACAUGUUUGUAUCGUUCUGUAGAUAUGCAUCCAUUAUUAUGAGUGACCGGUGAGCUAAUGUAUUUGCGGUAUGUAUGGUGUACCCAAGUAUUUGGACUGAUAUAAAUGUGAAUAGUUUGCCACCGUCAUGCAGAAGUGUAAUAAAUUGUCUGUACACCAGUGAACAUA